AUGUCCGCCAAUGACCUGCACGCCGCCCUACUCCGACCCGCCAUCCUGCACAUCCUGCGCGCCGCAGGCUACCACAGCGCGCGGCCAUCCGUCGUCGACGCCGUGUCGGACAUCGCGGCGCGGUACAUGCUGCUGCUCGCCCAGCGCACGGCGUACCACGCGUGGUCGAACCACAACGAGGCCGUGCCGACGGUCAGCGACGCCCGCAUGGCCAUGACGGACGCCGGCCUGCUCAUCCCCUCGAUGACGGGCGCCGAGGAGGCCUGGAAGGAGAUCCUGCGCCGCCCGCUCGACGAGUAUCCCGAGCGCAACGGCCUGCGCGCCAAAGAGGCCCGUCGUCGCGAGAUGGAGGACACGGCCGACGUCCGCGACUUCCUCGACUGGGUCAUGGGGCCCGUCAACAAGGAAAUCAUGCGCAUUGCCGGCCUGGAUGUCGCCAAGGGCAUCGAGGCCGCUGAAAGCGCCGUGCCCAAGGAGGACUACUUGACUGCGCUCAAGAAGAAACACAGCAAAACGGGCGAGGAGUCGCGAUACCAAGGCACCGUCAUCGGCAUACCCGCAGAAGACCGGCCCGUCAAGAUCGAAGGCGGCGGUCCCGAGUCCCUCAACGACUGGAUCACGCAGACGCAAGCGAAAACCGCAAAGCUCGACACGAUCAAGGCGGGCAAUGGCUUCGUGGCCGAGGCCGCAGAGGACAAGGACGUUGUCAUGGAAAACGCCAUGGACACUUGA